AUAAAAGAUGACCGCCCACCCCGAAACCCCGUUUGGCUUCACCAUCAGUUCCUCUCGCAGUUGAAGCCUACCAUCCCUGGCUCGAGGUCAAUUCCAAAUGCCUCUCACAGUCUGUGUAAACGACCAACAGCCAUGCUAUUCUGGAAACGAAACCAUCCGAGGUCGCAUUACCUUUGAGACUUCCAAGCCGAUCGAUAUUCAGGAUGUUCGAGUGACGUUUUCCGGAUGCGCCAAAGCGAAGGUACAGAAAGUCAAAGGGUCUGCAGCCCCGACAACUAGCUAUCGCAGUAAAUGUAUGCUUUUCGAAAAGGAUGCAAUUCUCUGGCACCCGAACGGCGAAACGGUCGUCCCCGGCACAUAUGAAUGGCCGUUUGAAUUUGUCUUCCCGUCGCAGGUUCUCGGGUCGUCGAAAUGGCCCGAGACGCUCCCUUUCCGCAGCGAUGCCAAUCAUCCGCUGCCGCCGACCUUUGCAGCAGAGACUGCAGAUGUUUUACGGAAGCUUACUUGCAACAUCGACUACCAAAUUCAGGCGCAAGUAUUCUCGCCACAGCGGGGAUUUCUGGGCAAGAAGCCGCCACUAUUCUCUGAAGUCGUGCGAUUGAACUUCAUGCCCUUCUCCGCGAGAUUGGACAUGAAGCGAAACAACAACUCCUCGGCACUAUAUCAGCAACAAAAGGAGCAAGUGUUCAACCUCCGAAGCAUGCUUCUUCUCCCGGAGAACAGAGGGAGGAGCUUGAAACUGCAGGAAAAGAUUCAGUCCUGGCUUUCAUCCAGUCAAUUGCCCCGGUUCAGCUUCAAAGCGUCUUUUACCUGCGCUUAUCGGGUCAUCCAAUCUACGCCACUUCCAUGUUUUCUAGAGAUUACGCCUCUUCUGGAAGACUCUUCCGUCACUUCCCCUCCAGAAAUCCUGAUGCAAUCUUUGUCUAUUACUGUGCUCAGCCAGACUGCCGCUCGAGCUGCACCGUCUUUGAUGGGAGCCCUAUCAGGCCAAGUAGACGAGCGGAUCGAGAUAUUAUCCAAGACUUCCCUCGGUAUGCCUGUCUCGGGGACAGUGGACUUGGCGCAGGUGUUUGGUCCUCUGAUAUUCCGGCAUACGGAGGUAUCCUUUGGCACAUUCAACAUCAGCCGAACGUAUCGAUUGUGUGCAACCUUUGUUUUUGAAUGUGCGGGAAAUAUGAGGACAUUUGAUGUUACGGAUAUCCCCAUCACUAUAUUUGCGGACUUUGGAGAACCAGACAAGAUACAAAGCUCUGUGGAGCACUCCCCGCCAUCAUAUACAUCGGGUUCUAUCUUGUCAACGGAGACAUUGGAAGAAUCCUGAUUUCGGAUUGGAUGCUAGUGAAGACUACCCCUGACAAAUUUUCUACGCUUAUAUGUUUAACUCCCUAAUAAAUAGAAUUCAAUAGAUAGG